AUGUUUUACUUGCUUGAAUCUGUAUUUGGAGUAGCACUUUUCAAGAAGAAUGAAGAAGAGAUAAUUCUUCUAAAAAAGUUAUUAUUUGACGCAAACGCAAAUGUCGUUGACAUUAUAGACUCCCUCAACGAAGGAGCCAUUCCGGAUCAGAUAAAAGAGUUUAUCAAAGAAAACUGCCCAUUGGCAAGCACGGUAAAUGUACUAAACCCGAAAAUAUGCGAGACACUUUCAAGAGAACUAAGCAUGAAUGCUGUCUGUAGUCCAGAUAGUGGGUUUAGAAAAUUGAGGACAAGCUACUUCGAGUACUUUGAUGUGUCCAAGGAUCUUUGUAGGAUAGCAACAUCGAAGAUAGCUCACAGGCUAAUAAAGACAAACAGAAAUGACAUGAUUCUGAUAGACAUUCUUAACUACGUUGAGGAGAUGGAUGUAAGCAUCAACAACAGGAUUAUGAGAGUGAGAGAGUGGUAUUCUAUUCAUUUUCCGGAACUCAACACGGUUUCAGACAGCACGGCAUAUCUUAAUCUUGUCUUGAAAAUAGGCAGCAGACAGAAGUUUCUAUCGAAUUCAGAUUAUAACGGUGUGCCUGAGGAAAUUGUCCGCGUAGCCGGAAUGAGUAUGGGCAGCAGUAUGAAGACUGAGGAUAUUCAGCAAAUCAAGGAUGAUGUAUGCAACAUUCAGAAGGACAUUGAAUAUAAAAACGGUAUGCUAGUGCUAAUGAAGACUUAUGCGCAAAAAUCCUUUCCUAAUCUUUUUAACAUUAUUGGGGAGGGGCUAGCAGUAAGACUAAUCAGAAAGGCUGGGUCCAUUUCUCAGCUAGCACAGUUCGCAUCGUCAACAAUUCAAAUUUUAGGUGCAGAAAAGGCCUUUAAUGAAGCUGUAAAAAUGAAAACCAACACUCCCAAAUACGGGCUUAUUUUUAGCCACAGUCUUAUCUGCGAUUCGCCCGAGGAUAUUAGAGGAAGAGUGGCCAGGGCGGUUGCAAAUAAAGUUUCGCUGUGUGCAAGGAUAGACUCGGAUCCAAAAAAUUCAAUUGGUGGCGAAUUUGGAACAAAAGCACGGAAAGAAAUUGAAAAGCUAGUGGAAAAGCUGGUCGAUAGGGAAAACAAAAAAGAAAAGGCUAUUUUUAAUAAAAAGAAAAGAAUAGUCUCGGUGAAGGAGUAUGAUGUGUCAAGGGACAGUACAAAGAGAAUGAAAAGCCAAGAAUGA